GGGCCCUUUGCAAGCCGGCUAGGGACCGCUUCUCCCCGGCAGCCCUUCGCCCCGCGCCACAUCGCCCCUUCCCGCUCCCCGGCCCGCCGGCCGCGCCAAGACGCCCAGCAACGGUCGCUAGGGCGCACCGCGGGCGCCGCCUCCCUCGCGUGACGCCACUUCCGCCAGCGACCCCUUCUCCCCCUUCCCGACCCUGCCCCCCUAUCCUGGCGGAGCAUCGGGGAGUCCCGCAGCGGUGCUCGCAGGUCCCCGGCUCUCCCCACGCUGGGCACCGGGUGGGCGGGCCCGGCAGGCGCGGGCACCUUGGCUGGACACCGGGUCCCCCUGCUCCAGGAGGCCCCAAACCUGGGAGGUCGACCUGGGGAGGCGUUCACAGCGGGUUAAGUGUGUGUAUGAGUGUCCGGGGGCUGCCAUGGCCCCCGGCCACCUGUCGGUGCGGGAGAUGCGGGACGAUGAGAAGCCGCUGGUGCUGGAGAUGCUGAAGGCCGGCGUGAAGGACACCGAGAACCGCGUGGCCCUGCACGCCCUGACGCGGCCGCCCGCCUUGCUGCUCCUGGCCGCGGCCAGCAGCGGCCUCCGCUUCGUCCUGGCCUCCUUCGCGCUGGCGCUCCUCCUGCCCGUCUUCCUGGCCGUGGCCGCCUUGAAACUGGGGCUGCGGGCCCGGUGGGGCUCGCUGCCCCCGCCCGGCGGCCUGGGGGGGCCCUGGGUGGCCGUGCGGGGCUCCGGCGACGUGUGCGGGGUGCUGGCCCUGGAGCCCGGCACCCACGCGGGGGACGGCGCCCGCGUCACCCGCCUCUCAGUGUCGCGCUGGCACCGGCGCCGGGGCGUGGGCAAGCGGCUGCUGGCCUUCGCCGAGUGCCGCGCGCGGGCCUGGGCCGGGGGCAUGGGCGAGCCCCGCGCGCGGCUGGUGGUGCCCGUGGCCGUGGCGGCGCUGGGCGUGGCGAACCUGCUGGAGGACUGCGGCUACCAGGCCGAGGGGGGCUGGGGCUGUAUGGGGUACCUGCUGGUGCGCGAGUUCAGCAAGGACCUGUGACAGCCCCGGGGU